AUUUUGGCAAAUUUAUAUAAAUCUAUGAUAUUUAGAUCAUAAAACAUUGUAGGGUAGUUCAAUAAGUUAUUUUGUAUUUAGAAUCAGUAUUCCAUGAAAAAUGGAUCUAAAACACCUGAAUUAUUCCAGAUAUUUAAAUCUCGCAAAACUCUCGUCAUCUCGAGAACGCCAUUUUUGUUUUGAUUCAGGAUCAUUUCUAAAUUUCGCAAUAACUUCAAGGAAUAUCUCUGAAUUACUGAUUCGAGUGCUAUAUUUCUAGUAGCGGUAACAAUGGGAAAUAUACAUACUGUUGGACCAAAUGAAGCUCUUGUAAUCUCAGGAGGAUGUUGUGGGGCACAGUCAAAGAAGACUACAGUUGGAGGCUGGGGUUGGGCUUGGUGUCUCGUAACAGAUGUACAGACAAUAUCUCUUGAAGUUAUGACCCUUAACCCCAUUUGUGAGAGUGUAGAGACAUCUGAAGGUGUCCCUUUGACUGUGACAGGCGUGGCCCAGUGUAAAGUUCUCACAGACCCCCACAUGUUACAAACUGCAUGUGAACAGUUUCUUGGCAAGAACCAGCAUCAGAUUGCUAGUGUUAUUCUCCAGACCAUGGAGGGUCAUCUUAGAGCCAUCCUUGGAACACUUAGUGUUGAGGCCAUAUACCAAGACAGGGACCAAUUUGCCCAGCUAGUCAGGGAGGUAGCAGCUCCUGAUGUUGGUAGAAUGGGGAUUGAAAUCCUCAGCUUUACCAUUAAGGACGUCUAUGAUAACGUGGAGUACUUGCAAUCAUUGGGACGUGCCCAGACUGCCAAUGUCAAGAGAGAUGCUGAUAUUGGUGUUGCUGAGGCUAACAGAGAUGCAGGAAUUAGGGAGGCAGAAUGUGAGAAAGCCAGAAUGGACUCUAAGUUCACAGCAGAUACAAAGAUUGCUGACUCUGCUAGGCAGUACCAGCUACAGAAGGCAGCUUUUGAUAUGGAAGUUAAUGCCAGGAAAGCAGAAUCUGAGUUGGCCUAUGAGCUCCAGGCAGCUAAAGAGAAACAGAAGAUCCGUAGUGAGGAAAUUGAGAUUGAGGUCGUUGAACGUCGUAAACUCAUUGAUAUUGAAGAGAAAGAGAUCUUACGUAAAGAGAAGGAGUUGACGGCAAUUGUAAAGAGACCAGCUGAGGCUGAAGCCUACAAGGUGGAACAGUUGGCUGAUGGUAACAGGACCCAGACUGUUGAAGCAGCCAAGGCUGAUGGUGAGAGGAUCAGGCUUGUUGGUGCAGCAGAGGCUGCAGCUAUUGAGGCUGUUGGUAAGGCAGAGGCUGAGAAGAUGAGACUGAAGGCUAGUGCCUACAAACAGUAUGGAGAUGCUGCCGUUACUAGUCUUGUACUGGAGACUCUCCCCAAGAUCGCAGCUGAGAUUUCAGCUCCAUUGGCGAAGACAGAUAGCAUUGUAAUGGUAGGAGAUGAUCGUACAACAGCAGAGGUCAGCAGACUGUUGAGUGGUCUCCCACCAACUGUACAGGCACUCACUGGAGUUGACAUCACUAAAAUCUUAGCUAAGGUUCCAGGAGCCUCAUAAGUACAGACCCCUUGGUAUCUGUGCAAUCCAUGCAGGGAGACUUUCAACAUAGAAUGCAUACUAGCUAUAAUGUCUUCAGUGUUUAAGGGUCUUCAACAUGUCUUGUAAAUACACU